UCCAUAAUCGUCAUAGUUUCGGGUUAAUUGUCCAAGACAAGCGAAAUUUUAUUCUUAAUUAUUUGAGAAGCGUCUAUCUGUUUAAUAAUAAUUAUUAAAAAUUAUCACUAAAGGCGCAAAACAUAAAAUAUAUUUAUUACUCACAGUCAAUAAACCUUCACAAAUAUGAGGCGCAAAAGUGAGCGAAAUAAAUCAAAAUCGUCGCCAGAAAAAAAAACUGAGAAACCGACACGUAAAUCAACACGUCGACGUGCCAAAAGAUCACCGUCGACAUCACCAGAUCGUGAAAAUAGUAAUGACGUUGAUACAUUAACGAGCAGUGAUAAAGAGUCAACAGUAUCGUCGUACAAAACACGGUUACAUAGCAGUAAUAAAGAUCGUGACAAUGUCGAAACGAUUAUUGAGGAGCCUGAAAAAGUAUCGUCAACGGACAAUAACACGUCAGUUGCCAACAAGCAGCAGCAACAGCAGCAGCAGCAGGAAAAUCAAGAUAUGGAAGACGGUGGCUCGGUUUGGAAAGCAGCCCGCGCUGAUGCAUCACCCGGCGAGAUACCAAAACUUAAAUUAUGCAGACAGAGAAAUUUAUCAGAAACUUCGGACGUGUCGUUGAGCAGGAAAAGAACAAGCAAGUGGCAGGAGAGCGGCAGCGAGGGCGGUAUUGCUGAGGAGGCUGAUUCGGCUGACGAAAAACCAGCGUCGUCGUCGUCGUCUUCACUUAAGAUGAUGACAACGACAACGAAUGUUGGUGAUGAACCGGCUGAUGAUCCCUCGUCAACGAUCCCUGGUCGGGACUCCGGCGAAGAGGUAAGUGAUUGCAAGGAGUUCCCGUCCGAAAAUGCUUCAGCGGAAUUGUCUGAUGAUAAACAAAACAUAGAUAGACCACCGUGUGGUGACACGAUUGAUGAUGAGACCAAUGAUUCCUCUACGAAUACCAGCUGCAUCAAUACCGACACCAAUCUCAAUGAUGUCAAGGUUCCUGUUGAUGAUUCUAAACCGGAUAACUCUAAGACUGAUGAUUUAACUACUGGUAUCGUCGAGACAACUACUGAGAUUGGAGAUACUAUGGCGGAAGUCGGAGAAACUGCUGCAGAAGAUGGAAAAACGGAUACGGAAAUUGGAGAAGCAGCCGCGGAAGUUGGAGAGACGAACACGGAAAGUGGAGAAGCAGCCACGGAAGUUGUAGAACCAGCUGUUGAAGUUAAAGAAACGACUGCAGAAGCUGAAGAACAAAAUAUCGGUGAUAAACAUGCUAAAGAUGUUGAAAAAACAGAAACUGAAGUAAAGACAGCAGUCGAGUCACCGGAGGUUGAGAGUGAGAAACAAAAAGAGGCAGUCGUUGCUGAUGAGAAGGUUGAAAAACCUGAAGAGGACAAGGAUGGUACGGCUAAAGAUCAACCAGAAGUUGUAGCUAAGGCAGAGCCAGCUCGCAAAGACAUGAGCAGUGAAGACGAGAAGGACAAAAAAAAAUCACGGAGAUCUCAGUCUUCGGAUUCAAACGAUGACAAGCCUAAGUCUAAGGUAAAGAGGAUGCGAAGGACUAGUCGCAGGAAGCACCGCGACAAGUAUCAAGACUCGUCAAAUUCCGAUACGCCGGAGUCUGAUGACGACCAAGUGAGAAAGAGCGACAAAGAGGAGGAGGGAAUAAAGCUGGAAGUUACUCCGGAGAAGUCACCGUUCGCACAAGAAGCCACUGAAGCUACUGAUCGUUCUCCCGAGACGGAAAUUGUUUUGUCACAUCAGAAUGACAGCAUCGCUGAGAUCGAUGCCGAGGUACACAAUAAUACUAAAGAGCCCAGUACUCCUCCGCUUGAAAAAUCCGAAGCUGCCGCUGUGAUCCCGGCUUCAACCAAACCCAACAAAGUCAAUUUAAAAAGAUCAUUCUCACGAGUUACGGCAGAAAAACCGGAAAAACCAGAGGUCGAUGGUAAUGACGCCAGUCACAAUAAAGAGAACCAUGUAAGCAGUGGUCAAGUUGAAGCAUCUGUCAUUCCAAAAAGACGUCGCUGGGGUACACUGAGUACUGACACGGCACCAACACUCGCGAUUUCAACAGAUUCCCUUAAGGCUUUGGUACCUGGAGCUAAACCCUUGUCUAUGAGCGAGGUUCGCUUGUCCAAAGAUGACGAUGAGGAUCGUGAUCGACGCAGAGAAAAGGAGAAGCGUCACAGCGCGAAUGAGGGACCGAUGGAAAAGCCGAAGGAAGAUGGAGAAGCUACGAAAUUAGAAGUUACUAAAUCUGAUAAUCAUAUAGCUGCAAGACGAAAAAUUUCAAUUGUAAAAGAUAUACCACCAAAAUCACCUAGUCCAUUACCUGCACAGCCAACAAGUGUACUAUUGAUUAAAAAUUUAGUGCGACCGUUUACUUUAAAUCAAAUAAAAGAAUUAUUAUCACGUACUGGAAGUAUUGUCGAAAAUGGUUUUUGGAUGGAUAGAAUUAAGUCGAAAUGUUUUGUAGAGUACUCGAAUGAAGAUCAAGCUUUUGAAACCAGACAAGCACUUCAUGGCAUUUCCUGGCCGCUAUCAAACCCAAAGAAGCUCCAAGUUGAAUACGCGACGAAAGAGGAAAUGGAGCAGGCGCGCGAGUCAUCGAAAGACCAAGUGCCCUUACGGAAAACCGAGCCCAUGACAGCAGCAGACGCUUGGCAGCAGGAAUGGGGUCGCGAUGAGAAAACAAAUUCAACGACCAAGGUGACGGUAGUGAGAGAAUGGGACCUGGGUAAAGAAGACGGCCACCAUCUGAUGAAGGAAAAAGACCGGGAAAAAAAAGAAAUGGAAAAGAAAAGACGGCAGAGAAGUCGCAGUCCAGUAGCUAAUCAACACUUGCCACCACCGGCGAGGAAGUUUAAGAAGAAAGAAGAUGAGCCGCCGCCAGCUAAACUUCUCGACGACCUUUUUAGGAAGACCAAGGCUACACCGUGCAUAUAUUGGCUACCGCUCACUAAUGAGCAGAUUGUUGUUAAAGAAGAAAUGCGACGGCAACAUAUGGCUGAGCACGCGCGUAGAUUGGAGGAGAUGAGACGCGCGGAAAGAAAUCGCGAUAAUCGCCGACGACGAAGUCCAAGAAAAUAAAUAUACACCCUUCCUUAUCUUGACUCUUUCCUCUCUUCAGUCUAACUCUAUCUUCUUACUUUCGUUUCAUCGACAUUUUGCUAAUUUGUCCUAGACACCAUCAAUGCGCGCUUCAAAAAUUUAUUAAUAAAAGCUUUUUUUUUUUUUUAACAUUUUUCACUAACGCGAAUCAAGUGAAUCCCUGCCUUAAUUUCUCUAAAAAAUAACACCUAUAAUUAUUUGAAUUUAAAUAAUUAACCGCUUACACUUUUCAUUAAACAAUUAAUCGUCCGUGCAAUAAAAAAUUUACAAUUCCCGUUAACUGUUUCCUUAUUCUGGAUGAUGUUAUUUUUAAAGUCAGCGGGAAAUUUAAUUACAAGAUGGGGAAAAGGAAAACACCUGAUGUGUGCAUGUCUGAUAUUUAAAAAAACAAUAUAAUCCUGAACGCUCCUGAAUUAAUAUCCUGUCCUGGAGUUUCUCUAGCAUUAAAACGUGAUUCUUACAGGUUCACAAACGAUCAUUGAAUUCACCUGAAUCGGGCCGGUAAUUAUGUGAUUGAUUCAAAUCUAUACGAUAAUUCGCAAUGGUAUGCGGAUAUGCAGAUAUUGAUUUUGGCGAUUCUCGUCAUUAACGUCAGGACACAACGUGGGACUUUGUAUUAGCAAAUAAUAUAGCAGUCGAUAAAUAUAUUAAAGUAUAUUUAUAUCGAAACAAUGUUUCUUGCUAUAAAUAAUAAUAUAAUUUUGAAAAAAUUAA